AUAAAAGUGCAAUGAAUGGAUAAGAAACGCUGUUGAUAACUUGUUGUAUUCACUUGGAUGCCCUCGUUUACAUUACUUGCAAUAGAUGCAUCGACUUCUCUAUAUUUCUUCACUCCCACUACAAGUACUAAUAAAACUAUUAGUUUCCCAUCAAAAUCCUUGGAUAUCCCUAUUUCUUGCAAUCUAAACAAAUAAUUCUUUUAUUUACCUUUCAUUUAUGAUAAAUGACGAACUACAUAAUGAAAUCAAACCAUCUUCUUCUUCUCAUUCUCAGUUUCUUCUCCCAACAUCAUAAACCAAAAUAGAUUUUGCUUCAUCCAAGAUCUCAAGGAAUAUAAUGGGCAUAAGAGUUUCAUCGAAGAUCAAAAGGCUUCUUGCAUCCACAGCUUCGGGAAAUUCAAGUCCCAAAGAUGGUGAUGACGUGGACGUCAGAGAAGAAUAUGCAAACGCCUUCCGCACAGAAUCAUACAAUCAGUUUUGGACACGUGUCAUUAGUUUAAACCGCAAAAAGCCCACCUUGUCUUCUUCUUCUUCACCGAUCGAAUCAUCCUCCACGUCAGCUCGUCUCAUGUCAUACCGCCUCUUCGCACAUAACCUGCUAGAACCGGAUCCGAACACCGUCAACAGAAUCCUGGAUUUAUCCCGGGUCGGACGUCCCGCUCGUUCUCUUCUCGCUGAUUACUUCUUGGAGACGGCAAACGCUUUCUUGCUUUGCACGCUAUUACUUAAAAACAUUCACCGUCUCCGUUCUAAGUACGAAUCUCUGAAACCAAAAUUUCAAUCGGAGACACAUAGUUCGUUGGCUUUCCUUGACCAAUUCACGGAGCUAUCAAGAUGGUUCGACCCGUUUAUCUCGUCGGGUUCUCGGAUCCAGUUAACCAGAACCGGCUGCUUAAGCCUGCUAAAACGGUUAGAGUCUAGCCGAGACAAGACACGAACCAAACUCAAGCUCAUCAACGGACUAACUCAUAGCGCAGGCCUUCUCGUUUUGGCUCUAACCACCACGUUGAUUGUUACCAUCGCCUCCCACGCCUUUGCUUUGUUCAUAGCCGGUCCGACCCUUUUAACCGGUCGAUUCAAACCGGUUGGUCUAAGGAAUAAGCUAACGAAAACUGCGGCUCGUCUGGACGUGGCAGCGAAAGGUACUUACAUCUUAAGCCGUGAUUUGGACACGAUAAGCCGGUUAGUGACGCGGAUAAAUGAUGAAGUGGAGCACGUACGAGCCAUGGCUGAGUUUUGGGCUGGGAGAGGAUCGGGUCGGGUUCGAGGCGGGGAAGAAGUGGCUCGAGAGUUGAAGAGAUGUGAAGAGAGCUUCAGUGAAGAGCUUGAUGAGCUUGAAGAACAUAUCUACUUGUGUUUCAUGACUAUUAACCGAGCAAGGAAUCUUGUUGUAAGAGAGAUUAUGCAUCCGGAUGAUCCACCUGAUUGCUCAUUCGCUCCCAAAUCCAAAUAAAAAUGUACUAAUUUCUAAUUAUAUAUAUACUUUUUCAGUUACCAUUUUAAUUGUAAGUCUCCUUUAUAGGGCAAAAUGCAUGUAUAUAGUAAGUUCUUUUUCCCAAAACUUGAA